AUGACCAAAAUUAUUACUGUGACCGGAAGCACUGGUGCCCAAGGUGGUGUUGUUGUGAAUCCAUCACCAGGAAGUCAGAAAGUGAUACUACGAAGAAGCUUUCUGAAGAGGGUAUCGAAGUGGUCCAAGCAAGCUUACGAUAAAGAUUCUCCGGCCGAGGCGUAUUCAAAGUACAGCUCGACAUUGCUCCCUUGCGAAUCCGCUCGGACACCACAUCCGCAAUAUGCACAGGGCGUCCACGCCAUAUUUACCGUCACAAACUUGUGGGAACAUCUGAACUUGGGCAAAACCGAAGACGAAGCUGGAGAGAUCGGAGAGGAUCGCGACAUGAAGCUGGCCGGGGCCGCAGCGCAGACCCCUACCUUCGAGCACUACCCAUGGUUCACCACACCAAGCGCAAAGCUUGAAUCAACAACUAACAUAUCGUUCCUCACAUUGAAUGCAAGGCCAACGUGGAUUCCCGGAUCAAAUUUGAGUUACUGGAGUCGGCCAAGAAGACGACAUAUCUCUACUGUGGAUACUACCCGCAAACACUGGCUUUCUUCCCACUUCCCAAGCCUAUCGAAUACGCAAGUCGCCCCCCUGUUCUGCCUAUAG